AGAGCCCAAAUAUGGUGAGCUUAGCGAUAUUGGGCGGAUAUAUCAAUUCCUUCAUAUUGAUAUCUGUAGUUGGAGAGAAAUUAGCAAACGAGUGUCUUGUAAUUGGCAAUUCUAUUUACAAGACCGAAUGGCACAACUUAGAAGUCGACAUCCAGAAAGACCUGAUUUUGGUGAUUAUGAGGUGUCAGAAACCAGCUUAUAUAAAAGCUGGACCGUAUGCCACUAUGACACACCGUACAAUAUUAUCAAUUCUCAAGACAGCCUACUCUGUUAUGUCUCUGUUGAAAGCCAUAUCCUAGGAUGAGAACUGGAAGUAUCUACAUUGUGAUCUAAACGGACCGG